GUGUUGGAGAAGCAUGGGUUAAAGCAGGAGAGGGAGGGUCCUCUGUAUAUGACAGCUCUCUGGUCGGAGCCCCCCCUACAAGCAGAAUCUGCAGGACACUGACCGAGGAACAAGCUGGAAGGACAGACCAAGUAACAGAACAUGGCCCAAAUCCAGCAACCAGAGCCGGCGAAAGAGAACAAACCCUACCCCGACACCCUCACCAAGGAGAUCGACCUGGUACAGAGGGACCCCAAGAAUAUCAACCAGGACGUGGUGCAGGUGGAUUUCGAGGACGUCAUCGCUGAACCUGACAGCAUUCACAGCUUUGAUGGGGUGUGGAAAGCCAGCAGCACCACCUUCACCGUCACCAAAUACUGGUGUUACCGAGGGCUCUCUGCUAUUUUCGGCCUACCACUGGCUCUGCUUUGGGGCUUCAUCUUCGCUUGUCUGUCAUUCUGUCACAUCUGGGCUGUAGUCCCCUGCGUCAAGAGUUACCUCAUGGAAAUCCAAUGCCUGGGCCAAUUCUAUGCCGCCUGUGUCCGCACCUUCUGUGACCCAAUCUUUGAGGCCACGGGCAAAGCACUGAGUGGCAUUCGUGUGGCCCUCAGAAAAGAAGUAUGAAGGCCAAAAAACCCAAACUGACGUCAAAAGACAAUUGGUUACCGCAAUUAAUAAAUACAUAAUAUACAAAAAGAUGGCACAUGGGGGGGGGGGGGGUAGCUACCAACUUAGUAUGCUGCAUUGCUUUGUGUGGGCAAAAAAACUCAGUUACCAAUAUCACAAUGCCAAUGGACCAUAUUAGGUUCAUCUUAUUUAACACUAACCCAAUGGAGCACACAAAACAGAAGUGGGUAUAAAUACCAUAUUUUAUUGGCAUUUCUCUGUAUGCACAAACAGCUGUAUUUUGGUGAGAACUGGAGUAGUAUAGAAUACAAGGCCUCUGUUAUAUAGUCUUAUGCAUCAAUAGCCACGGAAGUUCAAUGAUCAAUGUGAAGACGUUCUUCCAGGACUCCACGUGGGCCCCAAAUACUUUUAAGAAACUAUUCAAACUAUUCUCCCAAACUCGACAGUCACAGUAAGGUUAUGGAUAGUGUACGGCCCUUCUCACUGGUUACACAGAGGGUCUGCAAUAAGGCACACCGAGCAGAGGAUCAUAGGUACCCCAAAGCGUCGGUAACCCCACUGCCAGGAGGCUUCCUGUUAAGAAUUACGCCAAGGAAAAGCGAUGACAGAGGGUGAGAACACUGAAGGGAAAGGCUGGAGAAUGAUGCACAUACAGCAAAAAGACUGAACCACAAGCAGGAAUCCAAGCAAAACCACAAGAACAGACAAUCUAAGAAAAAACGCCAGGUCCAAAGAACCAUCCGUCGUAUUUUGUGCCAUUAAUAUGAGAAAUUUAUUGAAACCAUAAGCUGCCUCACCGACCUGAAUAUCUCAUUCCUGUAACAAUGAGUGAUAAUAAAAAAACGUUUUGUGUAUAUAUUGUACGGUUUAUUUUACCGGAGGUAUAUAGUCGCUCUUCUUAUGUUGAGAUGCAAGGAUCAUGGUUGAUUUAUACAUGGGCUUCUGACAUAAAAUGGUUAAUACAUCAAUUACCAUGAUUGGUCUAUGGGUGAGGGAGACAUAAGCAGCAACCGGACCACGUAGCCAGGGCCGCCAUCAGGGGGGUACAGCCCAUACAACUGUAUGGGGCCCGGAGCUUCGGGGGGCCCGGAUGUCCCUGGACCCUGAAAAGAGGUGCAGGGGGGGGGGGGCUUUAUGAGAGGUGCAGAGGAGGGUGAUGGAAGGUG